CCGGAAGUCCAGCACAUCGGCUAUUCUGCUGUCGAGUAGUCUGGGGAUAGAAGUUGUGCGCGUGCUGGUGUGUGUGUGUGUGCGCGCGAGAAGUGGUGUGUGUAGUGAUGAUUAUAAACUAAUGAUUUUAUUUUAAUGACACGCCACACUAGGUACGUUUCCAUGCGACCAAAGAAUCUCAAUUGAAAAGCGUUCAUGUAAACACUUGGAUUGAUACUAUUGAACUGGAUUCGAAUUAUAUUUUGAUCCGAUUGAAAAGAGUGGUGUAGAUCUGAAAUAAUCCGGUAGAUUGGGAAACAAAUUAGCCAUGCCUGUUGAUCAGAUUCAGCAAUACCUGGCAGACAUGCGCAGUGCAGUGGUGUGUGUGUGUGUGUGUGUGUGUGUGUGUGUGUUCACCUCUUGAGUUUACACAGAAAGUUUGUUUGGAAUGUAUGAAUGCACACACACAUAAUAUUUGAUUCGGAUUGCAAUAAUUAGGUUACACUACGAACAGUACUUUCUUACUCUGCAGCCAGAUUGAAUUCAUUCAGAUUGAUGAAAAUGGAUGUCCUAGUGAUGCUCUAAAUGCUGCGCCUCUCAGAAGGAGUAACAGGUUUUGUUGACGGACGAUAAACUGAUAAAGAAGUGUGUCAAGAUGAUGACUGAUAUCAUAGUGUUGUGUUUCACUUUGGCCAUCUCUCUGUCCUUCUGGAUCAUAUCCAUAGCCAUCAGCACAUACUCCGGGACGUUGCAGCCUGUAUCUCCAUGGCGAUGGCUGUUCUCGGUUCUGGUCCCGCUUGUUAUCACAUCUCGCGCUUUUAAGAAAAAGAGUCUGGAUUUUGGAGGUUGUUUAGGAGCAUUGCUGGUUGGUUUUAUUCUCACCUUGGCCAACAUGAGCUUCCUGGCAGCUUUGUUUGCGUUCUUCAUCACCUCCAGCAAACUGACGCGAUGGAAAGGAGCGCUCAAGAAACGCAUCGACUCGGAAUAUAAAGAAGGUGGCCAGAGGAACUGGAUACAGGUUUUCUGUAACGGAGGCGUGCCGACAGAACUCGCCUUGCUCUACAUGAUAGAAGUCGGCCCAGGCGAGAUGGCUAUAGAUUUUUCGAUGCAGUACUCCGCAUCCUGGAUGUGCCUGUCACUCCUGGGAGCUUUGGCCUGCAGUACAGGGGACACAUGGGCUUCAGAAGUGGGUCCUGUUCUCAGUAAGAGCCGACCCAGGCUUAUUACUACGUGGAAGGAAGUCCCAGCAGGUACCAAUGGAGGCGUGACCGUCGUGGGUCUGGUAGCGAGUUUGCUCGGCGGAGCCACUGUGGGCGUGGCAUACUUCAUUACUCAGCUGCUGCUGGUUAGCGAUCUGCACUCAGCUGCACCGCAGUGGCCUCUGGUUGUGUUCGGCGCUGCGGCCGGUUUACUCGGCUCGGUGCUCGACUCUUUACUGGGUGCAGUCAUGCAGUAUUCAGGCUAUGAUGAAAGCACUGGGAAGGUUGUCAACUCUGCGUCACCGAAAGUGAAAUGGAUAUCUGGGAAACCCAUUUUGGAUAACAACGGAGUAAACCUCUUCUCCUCUGUGCUCAUAGCUCUGAUCCUGCCCGGAGUUGCGUGGGGUUUCUGGCCCAUGCGCUGAUCCACAACAGCUGCUGUCGGAUUUACAACAAACCUGUGUUAGAUUAAAAUCCAUGUUUUGGUGUGAUUUAUUGUGAACAUUCAGUGUUGUUGAGUACCGUUUUAGUGAUUCUUAUUAAAGAUUUUUUAAAAAGACA